CCUCUCUUCUCUCUCGGUCUUCGUACUCAGUUGUCAUUUCCCUUGUUGUGAGGUCGGAUAGGCGCAAUUAACUCCUAUCCGCCGAAUCUCGGUGUUUUUAAACCAAGUUGCUAAUUGUAGCAAGGCACUUAUCUUAACUUAUUCGUUCGAGAAAGAGACGGCUUCAAGCUGGAAGACAAAAUGAGUGCGGGGAUUGCUGUAGGUGGGGCUCCGGUCUAUGACGAGGCGGUGGAGGAGCGUGUGAUAAAUGAAGAGUACAAAAUCUGGAAGAAGAACACUCCUUUUCUGUACGAUUUAGUGAUGACCCAUGCCCUGGAGUGGCCCUCUCUGACCGCUCAGUGGCUUCCGGACGUUGUGAGGCCGGAGGGAAAAGACUAUUCUAUUCACCGAUUAAUUCUGGGAACUCACACUUCGGACGAACAAAACCAUUUGUUGAUUGCAUCCGUGCAGCUACCCAACGAAGAUGCAACGUAUGAUGCUACUCAUUAUGAAAGUGAAAAGGGUGAUUUUGGAGGAUUUGGGUCCGUAUCUGGGAAGAUUGAGAUUGAAAUUAAAAUCAAUCAUGAAGGAGAGGUAAAUAGGGCUCGAUACAUGCCGCAAAAUCCUUGCGUAAUUGCAACCAAAACUCCUUCGUCGGAUGUAUUAGUCUUUGACUAUACUAAACACCCUUCAAAACCAGACCCAAGCGGCGAAUGUCAUCCAGACAUUCGACUUCGUGGACAUCAAAAGGAAGGAUAUGGAUUAUCUUGGAAUCCAAAUUUGAAUGGACAUUUAUUGUCGGCUUCUGAUGACCACACCAUUUGCUUAUGGGAUAUUAAUAUGACUCCAACACAACAAGGGCGGGAUCGUAUUAUUGAGGCAAAGACCAUUUUUACUGGUCACACCGCUGUUGUUGAAGAUGUAGCUUGGCACUUGCUUCAUGAAAGUCUUUUUGGAUCUGUUGCUGAUGAUCAGAAAUUGAUGGUGUGGGACACUCGGUCAAAUAAUACCAGCAAACCAAGUCACACUGUGGACGCACAUACAGCUGAAGUCAAUUGUCUCUCUUUCAAUCCGUAUUCUGAGUUCAUUUUGGCAACAGGAAGUGCAGAUAAAACUGUAGCUUUGUGGGAUCUUCGAAAUUUGAAAUUAAAAUUGCACUCGUUUGAGUCGCACAAAGACGAAAUUUUUCAAGUUCAGUGGUCACCUCAUAACGAAACUAUUUUGGCUUCGUCCGGAACCGAUAGGAGACUUCAUGUGUGGGAUUUGUCUAAAAUUGGAGAAGAACAAAGUCCUGAGGAUUCUGAAGAUGGGCCUCCAGAACUACUUUUCAUUCAUGGAGGUCACACUGCAAAGAUAUCUGACUUUUCGUGGAAUCCAAAUGAACCCUGGGUUAUUUGUUCCGUCUCUGAAGACAACAUAAUGCAGGUUUGGCAAAUGGCGGAAAACAUUUACAACGAUGAAGAUGCUGACGCACCCGGUGGGGGUGCUGGAGCAAGCACUGGAGGAGCUGGCGCUGCCAGCGCCUCAGCGGAAAUGCUUGAAAAUUAAAAUGAUAAAUGCAGAUUCCAAGAUACCAAUUACCUUUUGUUGUGCUCGUUUGUAUUGUAAAUAAGUAAGAUAAGAUUUUUGCGUAAGAGACUUGUAUAUAUGUGUGAGUGUUGAAAGCUGUGAAUGAAAUAGCAAAUUGACGGUUAAAACUAGCCGCUUAAUUCUGUACAACAAACACGGAAUAUUUAGUGGUUUAGCUUUACAAUUGUUGUCACUGCAUAAUUCUGAAAAUGUUUAAUGUUAAGUUAAUUUUUUGCUAUUGUACGCCACACUUUUUGAAACAGUAAAGAUAAUAAUGAUUAAUAUUUA